AUGGCGGGAAUUGUCGCGGAGCCCUUGGAUCCCCGCGACGGCUUCAACUGGAUCUUCCUCGUUGAACUGCUCAUAUGCGGCAUCCUGACCAUUUUCUUCCUCUUCUACUUCAACCGCCUGUUCGCGACUCUUGUCGCAUACGCCAUACGCGCAUACACAUGGCGCGCCUUCAAUGCCUACAUUGACAUUACCGCCCUCCAAGUCUCGUUGCUUGGCGGCCGCCUCUUCUUUAAAGACAUACGAUAUCACGGUCACAAUGAGACGAUCCUGGUACAUGGCGGGUAUAUUACCUGGAACUACUGGCUGCGUCGCGUCAAAGAUGCUGGCGUCUAUACCGAUGACGGCUCUGCACCUGGUAGUGACAGCGCCAGUCACUUUUCGAGUACUUCCCGUGCCAGAUCCGGCAGUGCCAGUGGCAACGUGGACAAGGCAGAAAAAGGAGGCAAGCAGACGCGGAAGGAGCUGCCAUGUCGCUUCUCAAUCAAAGUGUCGGGAAUCGAGGCUUUCCUGUACAACCGCAGCCCUGCCUAUGACGGUAUCAUCGAAGCCGUACAAAAGAAGGCCGAGAGCGAUGCCGCACAGCAAAAGACCCCCGAAGGUUCCGUUUCCGGAUCGGAACUGCCAGAGAAGAACGAACACCACCACCAUAAUAAGCUGAAAAAGUCACAUACCCAAGCCGAAAAGAAAGUCUCACGCCAGGAUACAAGCCGCUCCACUGCACCUGGCCCCACCAAGGCCGACCUUCCCGCUUUCCUCAGGCUGCUCCCGGUCCAUGUCGACAUUGUCAAAGGCGCCAUCGUUGUCGGGAACGAGCACACGCUAGCUGUUAUGACUGCGCAAUUUGAAAAAGCAACCGGCACUCUCGAUGCAUCGACCAGCGGACCCCUGGAUGUGUAUCGGCAGCUGUUCAAUUUCCAAGUCACCCAUCCCGUGGUCCAUAUGAAGCCUAACCCCGACUACAAGAUUGGACAGCUUGAUUCCGCCGUACAGUUCAAGCAAGAAGUUGCUGAGGGAUCCUCGGAAGGUAGCAUCAUUGAAAAGGAAGCCAGUCAUCAGAGGCAUUGGCGCUGGUUGACGAGGCUCCCAAGCCUCUUUCGUUUCUUUUCAAAAGAUAACGAUUCAAUCCACACUCACACCAAAAAUAGUUCCGGGAACCACAACCCUGCUCUGAACUCACAGUGGACGUUUCCCGGGCGCGAGCGUUGGAAAGGACUGGCGCGUUAUCUUGACGAUACCACCAACGAUGGUCACGGCGAGUGGGAUGGCAUCGAGUAUGCAAAGACAUCUUUGAUCGCCGACUGUCCGUGUGUCAACAUCUCCUUCUACUGGGACGUACCGGGUCCUGUGCCGAAUGACAUGGACCACAGUAAGUACGUGGACCCUGCGCGCCCAUAUGACAUGAACGGAUGUGCUCCGCCAGAUUAUGGUAUGGACAUACAGAUAUUUGGUGGCAUAAUCAACUAUGGUCCAUGGGCAGACCGACAUCGUGGUGUCUUCCAGUCAAUCUUCUUCCCCGCUUCACGCGUAGAUGCUGUUCCUUCGACUCCCUUGAAGCCCGGAGACCUCCGCGUGCUGUCUGUUUUCAAGCUCUAUCUCAGCAUCGAAGAGGACACGGUACUGCGUAUUCCAAUUCGUGAAUCUUCAAAAGACUGGAAAUGGAAAGGCAAGGCCCACACCUUGGCGGCACAUGAUAAGCUGGGUGAGAACAAGGGUAAAGCAAAGUCUCGAAUCAGGCGGGGAAAGCGUAGAGAUGCUGCUGGGUCGCAGAAUGUUCGCCCCUUUGCAUGGAUCGACGUCAAGAUAGCUGAGAAAUCUACUGUCAACUAUGUUAUGGACAUGUACGCCUCCGAACACGGAUAUCAGAGCAAAGUAGACGUGGAUGUCCCAAGCACCGAGAUAUCGUCGAGCGUGAACCAUGGCCUCUUGUGGCGCUCUGGUGCGCUUGCCGUUGACUGCGACUUGUCUAACCCUCUAGGCUGGAACACCCUUCGAAAGUGGUUGUUCAACAUCAAAUGUCAAGACUUGGAACUUUUCUUGCUCAGAGAUCACAUGUUUCUCAUUAUGGAUCUCGUUGCUGAUUGGGGAACUGGCCCGCCGCCUGACUAUUUCCUUUUUGUUCCCUUCCAGUAUCUACUCAAUGUCGACUUUUCCAACUUCAAGAUUUAUCUCAACACAAAUGACUCCAACAUCAUCAACAAUCCAGCCGAUUUAGAAGACAAUAACUUUGUCAUCCUGUCCGGCAAGAGGCUGCAGGGCGACGUCUUCAUACCGCUCGACAAAUUUCGCCCACUUCAGAAUGAGAUCAAAUUCGACGUCAAAGGCCAAAACUUAGAUCUCGAAAUCUUGAUGCCACCAAAGAACACGCUGCAGACAUUCGUCCAGUCACCAAAUGUGGCACACCUUGGCAGCCUCACGUUAAGUGGUAGCCAUACCUUCAUGGCUGAAACGUCUCCGAUGAACACCGACAGACUCUACAUGGACAUUCAAGGACAUAAGCUCAACCUUGAACUUUACGGCUGGCUCAUACACCAUUUCAUGAAGAUCAAGGAUAACUAUUUCGGCGACGACAUGCACUUCAAGACACUGGAGGAGUUCCAGGGGCUCCCAGCCGCUAAAAUUACAGCAGAAGGGGCAUCGCCGAAUGGCGAUGCAUCCAGCAUCUCAAACGAUCUGGAUGUAAUCCUCUGUGUUUCUGCAGACGAUGUUUGUGUACUACUACCCGCCAAUCUGUACUCUGCUGAGCGUGGCAUCCGAGCGGAUCUCCCAUAUGCUUCUGCUGAUCUAAGGUUCACAAACUACUACAUGGACUUGAUGGUGAAUUUCAGUCCAAUUAGUAUUUCUCUUGGGGGCUUGCUAUCAGACGCUGAUGUACCCAACGAGUUUUCGAGUGGCCGUACUGAACUGUUCGUCGACUCCACGGUCAUCUAUGGACACCGUCUAUUCGGAUUGCCACCACUUGAGCCAACCUACCUUUGCAGCUGGGAUUUUGACGUCGGUAGGAUUACCGGAGACUGCACAUCGGAAUUCCUCGAGGUAGCAGCAGGAGCAGCACGUUCGUUUGCCUUCACGCUUGACGAUGAUGAGAAUACUUUACCUCUUACAGAAAUACCUAUCAUCCACGAUACUACCUUCCUCCGCCUCAGGACACAUGAUAUCGGUAUCUGCAUACAUAUAGCAAAAGAGGCUCUUGUGCUGAAGACAAGACCCGUAUCUCUGUACUUCAACGACCUUGCUGGAGCUACUUUCUCUGAGCGCCUCCAUGUUGUUGUGCCUGACCUGACCGUCAUUGCUGUUCCAUCAGAGGCUGCAUCGCACCACAGAGUGCGGUCCAGGGAAGGGGAUGAUAUUGUACCUCAAGCUUACCUCCAGACCACAAUCUCGCUUGACUUGUUAACGCGAAAGCUGGACUUUUCAGAGGAACGCGCACGCCAGCAGGCUCACCUCAGAAUGCACGACCAAAGGACUCAGCGUACUGGCUUCAUUCUCUCAGGUGACCAGAGCUCCUUUCGUCAAGAGGAUGGCAUGAGAAAUAAUCUGCGUCCACCUGCUAUGCAGUAUCCCGACGUGCCUCAUCCCAUAUUCCUUUAUGGGCCGCCGAGUGGCCAAGAUGGUUCGUUCACAUCUUCCAACCUCUCCUCAGUCCGUUCGUCUACUACAGGGCGAAGGUUACGUCAAAAGAGCAAGCAAUCUUCAUCGGCCUCAUCCUUUGCCGACAGCAUUCGAUCUACACUUCGCCGCAAACCAGGUCAUAGGGCCAUAGGCUCUAACGAAAGCGGGGCUCGGCUUGAAGCUUCACCAAGAUUCUCAAAUUUCAAACGUCACUCCCAUGUGCCACCUGAAACUAGCGACAAUCAGGAACAAGGUUGGGUCCCCUCAUCUAUUGCAUUCUCUAGCAAUUUGGCUGCACCUUGCUUUGCUUUUGAGGAACUAACGCCAGAUCUUUCUGAGGUGCCACCAUUCCCUGCAAUACCUGCUAUCCAACAGCAAAAGAGCAUCAGUGACGUCGUAUUUGAUGAUGUGGCAGCUAAGCGUUUUGAUGAGAGUUUCACGCACACCAGUAUACUGGUUAGUGCUCAGCCAGGUAUACGGGCGUAUUGCACACCCGAGUUCGUUACCUGUGUUGCAGAAUUGAUCGAGCUGCUUCAGCCCAGGCGACCUGAGGAUCUGUUGGAUGACUUCCAACUUAGUGUUAUGACUAAGAUUCUUCAAAACCGAAAUAGACUGGAGGGGAAAGGCAGCUCACUUGACUUCCAAUCCCAUUCUGUUCAGGAGACGGGCCAGGAUCAGUACGAUGUUGUUCUCAAUCGACUUGGCCUUACGGCAAGACUCAAGAAAUUCCCGGGAGAGCGAGCUGGGGAAGACACCAUUGCGCUGCACUCAACGCUGGGGUCUCUUGGUCUUUCUGUGGCUGAGCGCGCUCUCGACACUGCUACUAGAAGUGUUGCGAUUCAAGCUGAGAUGAGAGAUGUCCUGUUCUGGAUGUUUCAAGGCAACACGACAUCGAUAAAUGUGUCUUUUCGGACCUUUGAAAACGCAAUGGCAAGUAAGAAGGUGGACUAUUUGGCAGCGCUUAUUCACCGUACAGCACUCAUGGCUGAAACGCUCAUUCACCAGUUCGCCGAAGUCGAUCAAAGAUAUCAGCAGCGAUUGCGCUAUCUCGCCUGGCAUCUCAGCUGUGCACAAGACCAAUAUGCGGAUCCAGCAUUUCUCACUAAAGCGUCGUAUGCUUUACGCGCAACAAGGGACCAUCUACGCAGCCAUGACUCAUGGAAGAUUAUUUCCAGGUUUCGCUAUACUUGGCAGUGUCUGCCACAAGCCGAGAAGGACGCUCUCCUAAGCGAUUGCUCUUGCUCAGAUGUGACGUCUCCAGAAGAUGCCGAACAACAAAUUAUUGCAAUGUUGGACCAGUGGCGUACAUGGGAUCUCGCACACGUGAAGAAGAGUUUUGCAAUCCAAUUCCUCUUUGGACACCUGGAAAAUAAAUUGCCGACGUCAGAAUCCGCGCCUUUGUAUAUUGACAUCAAGUCUGCUGAGAUCAAGCUGACAGUCGAUCCUGGUCCACGGCAAAGCGAGGUCUCGCUGAAGCUUUUGGCAAUCAAUGUUGCGUUGUUGCCUCCCACGCAACACAAUGGACUCAUGCUGGUCGACUCCGAGGACGUUCCAAGGAAGACUACAAUUGUUCAGAUAAGCUCAAGAACAACCGCAUUCCAUAUCCGGUGGGAAAUCUGUGAGCUUGCCGAAUCCUUGCUGAAGCUUUUCCAAAAGGAGAAUAUCAAAGCAAUCGAGCAGGCCAAAUCGACACCUACCGACAAACUCUCGGGACCAGGUCCCACGUCCGAUCAAGAUUUGCAGGUGGUAUUCGCGACCGAUAAGGUUCAAAUCACUCUAGACACCUUCAACCUCAAGAGUAUCAAUACUGCUCAAAACAUGCGCUUCUCUUUUCUCGAUGCGGAUAGCAGGGCGUCAAAAUUGGGCGAAGUCUUGUCUGCUCAUCUGCAUGUUGACGUAGCUGUGAGCGAGCUCAUCUCGCGCUCACGUCUAGUUGCCAAGACCCAGUUCGAACGACCAAGUAUAGAUUUCGCAAUGACAGAACAGAGCAGCGCGGAGAGGUUGCCCAACGAGAUCAAGGUGGCCGCGACAAGCCACAGAAUUACUGUAAAGGUACAAGAUGAUGUGCUUGGCCUUAUCGAACUCGCAGACAGGGUGCUCAAAGACGAGGUAGCUUAUUUCCAUCGUCAAUCUGCAGCACUACAAGAGAUCACGAAAGUAGAUCAAAAGCUCGAAAAGCCCAAAGAAGAUAUAUCACAGCUUCCAAACAUCUCUCUGGCGCUGUUCAUGGACUCAUACCAAAUUGAGCUCGCUGUAUUGCAGCCUUGUGGCUGGUCGAUCACGGGUUCGUCUGGACGCAUUGCCGUUAUUCCAGCUCUCGGAAAGCGCAUCACACUGCAGGUUGAUUACGAUCUUGAAGCCAGUCUUCACAGGCUAUACAGCGCAUCAAAAGAAGGUUCUCACGUUAUCAGUUCAGUCGAGCUGCCACCACUCAAUGGAAGAUUGACUAUCAAACAAAAUGAAACUCAGACAAGAAUUGCUGCGUCGGGCAUUGUCGAAAAGGUACACGUCCAAGCGUCCGAGAUCCAGAGCCUGAUAUCUACUAUCAACAAACCCGAGAUGGCACAAAUGCUCAAGGCAGUCCAGGACGAUAUCGAGGUUUUGAAGACUCACAUUGGGGAAAUGUUUCCGGCUUCUGCAAAGUCACCAGUUCCACAACCCCUAACGUCUUCUCGGGACACGUUGUUCACUGUGAAAAUGACAUUCCAUGGAAUGCACAUAGCUGCAAGCGCUCCAGGCCAAGGCAAAGAUUCACCAACCGCAAAUCUUGCGUUCCGACUUUCGACUGUACAACUCAACGCCACGAACAUCGACGCAGAUCAAAGCAUUAUGCUUUAUCCUGAGGCAGUCGUGCGAAUUCACGAGGUCACAGUCGACCUGAGUUUGAAGGAUCCUGACUCGGUUCGUCGCUGUGGCAACUUGACCUUCAGCGCAGUCUUCCAAGCUACAACCGAUCAGGAAUCCGAGCCCACGCGUAGGGUUUACCGUGUGCGAAGCGCGGGCCUGGAAGUGAAUGCAUUCGCAGAUACCGCAUCUGCUGUUGUAGAUGUCAUGAAUCAUCUCCAGGACCGAAUCAAGGAUUUGGACCUUUCCAAAGAAAAGAGGUAUCUGCGGCGUCUUCGACAUACUAAGAGUAGAAUCUCUCAGCGAUGUGCCCGUAGUCUCACACAGCAUGCAGAACAAGACGCUGAGAGCGACUCUUCUGGGGCCCUUUUUACAUCCACAUACUCUUUGGAACUUCUUGACCUACAAGUCAGCUGGAUCGUCGGCAACUCGGUCGCUCCUUUCCCACAGAACGAGAUUGAGGAUCUUGUGCUCUCCUUUGGAAGAAUUGAUCUAUCAACGCAAAAAGAUGAUGCAGCACGGUUGAUGAUUGAAGACAUGCGGCUCCAGAUGGUGCCAGUAUCGGCAAACAAGAAAAACCGCUCACUGAACUCAGCAUUGCUACCCAAAAUGGUCUUCAAUGUCGCAUAUGCGUCUACAAAGGAUACACGUAAACUUGCAUUCUUUGCUGCUGGAAAGUCUCUCGAUCUCCAGCUGGACUCGCAUUUCAUUUUGCCUGGGAACAUCAUCGAGCAAUCAAUUUCUCUUGCUGGGAAAAAGUUCCGCGAGGCCUCUGCAAAUUGGAGCAUGACCCCUACGACGACUGGCGCACAAAGAAAGAAUCCUUUUGGGAACAAACGCCUAGCUUCAUUGACAGCUGACGUCAACUUUGCUGGAGCUGUAGUUCAUAUCCACGGUAGCGAUGCGACGCCAGCCCAAGGCUCCUCGAGUAGGGCUCAACAGAAAGGAAGGUACAGCCAGUUUGUGGGUGACGAGUCAAAAAGUAGCAUGGCUUUGCGUGCGCCUGGCGUGGCGGUCCGGAUUGAGUACAUGGACGAUGGCAGUGAUCCCUCUUUGAACGCCGAGCUUCGUGUUGACGGAUCCACCAACACUCUGCUCCCCACCGUGGUGCCUAUCAUUAUCGACAUCUCCGAUAGCAUCAAAUCAGUAGUCCGUGAAAAAGAUGACAAAGGAACAUCUGAUUCGCCUAACCAGCCCGAACAACCACAAGGACAAUCUAAGCCAGCUGCGAAACUUCUAGAGGACGAGAACAUCAUCACAGCCGAUCCUGCCACGCUUUUGGGUAGAACGAGGCUAAACCUCGGGCUCAGGAUAUGCAAGCAAGAGUUCAGUCUUAGUUGCCAGCCCAUCGCUCGCGUUGCAGCAAUUGCCAAGGUCGAAGACAUUUACAUUACCGUCAACAGCGUCAAGUCUCAAGAGCAUGGCCAUUUCUUUGCUGCGUCCGCCAUGUUUGAGAAGCUUCAAACCACUGUUCAACACGUCUACUCUCGCGAAUCCACCUUCAGCCUCGAUAUGGAAUCUAUUGUUCUCUCGCUCGUGAAUAGCAAACAUCUCAGCGGCACUAGUGGUAUUUCUGCUAUUCUUAAGAUCAAUCCGACCGCUCUUCAGAUCAAUGCGCGUCAACUGCAAGACUUUUUGCUGUUUCGAGAAAUCUGGGUACCCCCAGAAAUCAGGCGGGCAUCCAAGCCGACACCGGAAAAUGUCAAUUCCGAGCCACAAGAGUACCUCAUACAACGCUACCAGCAAGUUGCUGCGGCUACGGCCUUUCCAUGGAACGCCAACAUAGCCAUCGCAGAUAUCAAGGUUGAUCUAGACCUUGGUCAAUCCAUUGGAAAGUCAUGGCUACAUAUCCAUAACCUGUGGGCAUCUUCUAAGAAGACUACUACAGCGGAGCAGAAUCUUUGCGUUGGUGUAGAGAAGAUUGGUGUCGAAAGUACCGGUCGUACAAGUGGUUUCAUUGAUCUACAUGAUAUCAAAGUGCGCACUUCGAUUGGAUGGCCACUGCAAGAUUCAGGCACUCGUCAAACGCCGCUCAUUCAAGCUUCAGUGGCUUUCCGUCAAUUGCGUGUUAAGACAGGUUUCGACUUCCAGGCUUUCCUCAUGGCAGAUAUUGCUGAUUUUGGCUUCAUGAUGUACAACGUCCGUCCAGAAGGUGAUGAUGUACAAGACCGACUGGUUGCCAUUCUCGAUGGUGGCAAAGUCCACGUGUUUUGCCAUGCGACGAGUGCUGCGCAAGGUCUAGCACUGUGGCAGGCAGUUGAGCGACUGAUUCAGGACAACCAACAAGCAUACAAGCAGUCUCUCAAGGACAUCGAAAAGUUCCUUCGUCGCAAAUCGUCCAUAGCUGAACCGUUCGAUCGUUCGCCAUCCCAGAGCCAGAUUCUCCCGAAAUCCGACCAAGACAGCUUCAAGGCACCAAUCUCACUACAUACGGACGUGGUGCUGACACUUCGCUCAAUACGCUUUGGUGUCUUCCCCUCAACCUUUAUAGACAACCAGGUCCUGAUGCUUGAAGCCGGCGACAUGCAAGCCCGUUUCGCCGUUGCGCUCGAAAAGAAAAACAAGAUACAUUCCAGUCUAGGAAUGACGCUAGGCCAGCUCUCAGUAGCCCUCUCCUCCGUACCAACACCCAAGAAGAGCAAGCCCGUCACCGAACUCGAUGUCGAAGACGUCUCCACAAGCGUCAGUUCCGCCCGCGGCGGCACCAUCCUCCGGGUCCCCAAAGUCAUCGCAACAAUGCACACCUGGCAAGUUCCCAAAAGCACGCACAUCGACUACCUCUUCCGCAGCUCCCUCGAGGGCAAAGUCGACGUCGGCUGGAACUACUCGCGCAUCUCCUACAUCCGCACCAUGUGGUCUAACCAUUCUCGAACCCUCGCCUCGCGCCUCGGCAAGCCCCUCCCAGAAUCAAACAUUAAAAUCAGCACAUCACAAACCCUUCAGGAUGCUUCCGAUAACCCCGACUCCAGCGCCUCGACGACGGAUAAAACAGCCAUGCCCUCGGGCCGUCCGCGCGCCCCCUCCACAUCCUCUGACAAUCAAGAAAAGAUCACGGCGGUCGUUAAUGUCCCGCAGUCGAAAUACGAGUACACGCCUCUUGAGCCGCCAUUGAUCGAAACACCGCAGCUGAGAGAUAUGGGUGAGGCGACGCCUCCGCUGGAGUGGAUCGGGUUGCACAGGGAUCGUUUGCCGAAUGUCACGCAUCAGAUUGUUAUUGUGACGUUGCUUGAGGUGGCGAGGGAGGUUGAGGAGGCGUAUGAGAGGAUUUUGGGGAGUAGUUAG